CGCGGUUAAACGUCUCACUCUUUUCCCUCGUUCGUAGCAGAGAGUCGCCACCUGGACGGACGCAGAGGUUCGGAUCGAGAUCAGCGCACACAAGGAGCCCGUUCCGUCUCACUUUUGACGCGGAUAGAUGUGUGAAAUAGUCCACAGAGGGGUGUAAACCUCUCCUUCCCAUGGAAACUGGACGAGGAACCCAGGCGGCUGCCCAAAAUUCUCCCAAAUCCGCUCGGAGCUUUCCGUCAGUUUUCCACCAACACGAGUGCUUCUGAUCGGGAGAAGUUACCGGACGCAAAAGUGUGAACAUUUAUCAUUUUUGUCACCGGACAUACUAGGGAGAAGACAGAGGGGGAAAAAACAACACGCAGACAAACCAGACUUCUCAGCUCCUCCGCUGCCUCCUCGGUUUCGUCUCCAGCUCAUCCGGUACUUUGAUCUCUGCAUGAAAAGUCCAGCGGAAAGUCCUGCAGCAGCAUGCCGAGGAGAAAGCAGCAAGCGCCGCGGCGGUCAUCAGCUUAUGGGCCUGAAGAUGAAUUUAAAGCGGACAAGGUCGAUGAAGAGGAACUUCUGCAGGAUGAUGGCCUCUCUCUGGAUGGUCAAGAUGCAGAUUAUUUGCUCAAUGAUGAGGAGGAUGCAAAAGAUCGGUAUAGCUGCCAGAACUCUCCAAUCAGCAUUGGCACAAACCCUGAUGCAGGAUAUGCGUCACCCCUCAGCACCAGCAGUGAUCAGUUGGUGGACCUUAAGACUACUUCUUCCUUCAGUGAUGUUCAAGACAAGGUAGAAGGGAACCAGGGUAGAGAGAGUCCAGAGUCCAUUAAUAGCCUCUCACUGCAGGAUAGUCUUGCCAAAAUGAAAGCCGUCUAUGCAAAUCUGAUCUCUGAUACCUCCUGGUCCAACAUUGCUCUGGACAUGCUUAAAAGCAAGCAAGAGAGCAACCUUUCAAUGAGCAAUGGUAGUGGGAGCAAUCACAAAGCGAGCAAUGGGUUCCUUAACAGUCAGAGCAACGUCCAUGUGAAGAACAAAUGUAGCAGUAGCAAUGCCUCACCGACUACUAAUAUUACCACCAGCAGUACCACCACAAAAACGGUCUCAAGCAACAGCAAUGGCACCAGUGUAAUUCCUGGCAGUGCAGGAGGUAUUGCCUAUGAUUGGCACCAGGCAGCUUUGGCCAAAACCCUACAGCAGACUCCAUAUCAACUCCUCCCUGAACCAAGCCUUUUCAGCACUGUGCAGCUCUACAGGCAGAACAAUAAGCUCUAUGGCCCAGUAUUUACCGGUGCUAGCAAGUUCAGGUGCAAGGACUGUAGCGCAGCCUAUGACACUUUAGUUGGACUCACGGUGCAUAUGAAUGAGACUGGUCACUAUCGUGACGACAAUAAAGACACAGAGGAAGACAGAGGUAAGAAGUGGUCCAAACCACGCAAACGUUCUCUGCUGGAGAUGGAAGGCAAGGAAGAUGCCCAGAAAGUUCUUAAAUGCAUGUACUGUGGCCACUCUUUUGAGUCCUUGCAAGACCUUAGUGUCCACAUGAUCAAAACAAAACAUUAUCAGAAAGUGCCUCUAAAAGAGCCGAUGCCAGCCCUCACUACAAAACUGGUACCCCCAACCAAAAAAAGAGCAUUUCAAGACUUGAUGUCGCCAAGCUCACCAGAGUCUGUCUCAUCUGGUAUACUCCUGGGAGAUAAUCUGAAAGACCAAAAGGGGGCCAAUCCCUACGUCACGCCAAAUAAUCGAUAUGGCUACCAAAAUGGCGCAAGCUAUACUUGGCAGUUUGAGGCACGCAAGGCACAAAUUCUCAAAUGCAUGGAAUGUGGCAGUUCACAUGACACCUUGCAACAACUGACUGCACACAUGAUGGUCACGGGACACUUUCUUAAAGUCACUAAUUCAGCCUCUAAAAAGGGGAAGCAGUUAGUUUUUGACCCUGUAAUUGAAGACAAAUUUCAGUCGAUUCCUCUGCCACCAACUACCACAAGACUUCCAGCUCCGAAUGGGAAGCAGUCUGACUCCCCCUUGCACCCAGACAGCCCUGAGGAGAAGAUAGAAGAAAAGAAAGAGGAUGAGGCAGUGGGAGAGAAACUAGAAUCGAGGGAUGCUGAGAAAAAAAUAAAAGAGGAAAAGGAAGAGUUGCCUGAAAAGGAUAAUAACGCUGUGAAGGGAAGCUCUUACCAAUAUCUGACAGAAGAAGAUUUGGAGAAGACACCUAAAGGUGGUCUGGACAUUCUGAAGUCUUUAGAGAACACAGUAUCUAGUGCAAUCAGCAAGGCCCAGACAGGCACACCAACCUGGGGGGGUUACCCAAGUAUUCAUGCUGCCUAUCAACUCCACGGGUCUCUGAAGUCUGGCUUGCCUUCGUGUGCACAGAUUCAGCCUUUAUUUAGCAACAACAGUUUGAAGGCUGUGUCCUCCGACAUGGGCAUGCUGAUCCAUUCUCCAAAUAGCCCUUCUCCACCUCCGAGUCACAAGAGCAACGUCCUGGCAAUGGAGGAGCUUGUGGAGAAAGUAACAGGGAAAAUCUCAGUGAAGAAUGAAAACAAGCAAAAGCUUGUGGAGAACAAAUCCAAGUCCAGGUUGACAAAGUCACCACUGCCAAUGCCUGUGGACCAGCACACUUCACCCAAUCCCGAUAACAUGAAGGCAAUAAAAAACUCUGCUGAGGGCGACCAGACUGAGUCUGGAGGCAAAGAUGGUGAGCCAGCAGAGAGUAAAUCAGAUACGCAGAUAAAACGUGAAGCUAAUUCACCAAAGAAAACUAUUAGCAACGGCUGCAAUAACCUGAGCAUCAUUACAGAUCAUUCUCCUGAACAACCACUCGUGAACCCUCUCAGUGCUUUGCAGUCGAUCAUGAACAAUCACUUGGAUAAAGCUGCCAAAGUGGCCACGCCAUUCAUAGAUCCAUUUGCAGUGCUUUAUAAGAUGAGCAAUUCCGCUCAGGUUAAGCAAGCAGAACCUGGGAAUCAAUACCAUGAUGACGAUCAGCCCAUUGAUUUGACAAAAUCCAAAACAACCAAUGGAGGUGCAAAUAAGUGUGGUCCUACCACACUAAAUAACAGUGUAAACAGCAACAAACCUUUUUUCAAAAAAUGUUCCCAGUCAUCAUCUCCGCCUCUACGGGAAAAUGCAUUAAUGGAUAUAUCAGACAUGGUGAAAAAUCUAACUGGCCAUUUGACACCAAAGUCUACAACACCGUCUUCCAUCUCAGAGAAAUCUGACAUCGACAGCUGUGUUUUCGAGGAUGGGUUGGAGGAGCUCUCUCCCAUCCACAGGCGGAAAGGUCGACAGUCAAACUGGAAUCCUCAGCACCUCCUGAUCCUCCAGGCCCAGUUUGCCUCUAGUCUCAGGGAGACUCCAGAGGGAAAGUUUAUAAUUAGUGACCUAGGACCCCAGGAACGUGUCCACAUCUGUAAAUUCACUGGUCUGUCCAUGACUACUAUCUCACAUUGGCUGGCCAAUGUAAAGUACCAGUUAAAACGGACAGGGGGCACGAAGUUUCUUAAAAACAUUGACUCUGGCCAACCUCUAUUUUUGUGCAGUGACUGUGCAUCCCAGUUUAGGACUCCUUCCUCCUACAUUCAUCAUCUGGAGUCCCACCUUGGGUUUACCCUGAAAGACCUCUCAAAACUUUCUGUAAAAUUAAUCGAAAAACAAGCAGCAAGUAGAAUAGAAGACAAGACCAUGAAUUCAUCUGGACUGUCAGAUGAGGAUGCUUGCUCAAUAUUUCAGUGCAAACUGUGCAAUCGGACAUUCAUGAGCAAACACGCAAUCAAAUUGCACCUUUGCAAAACACAUGGAAAAUCUCCCGAGGACCAUCUUAUUUUUGUGAAAGAGCUGGAAAAGUUUGACAAACAGUGAAAUCGGAGAAAUAUGAUGGCUUCAGGGAGAUUGCUGUUGCACUGUUCGUCUAAGCUGCAACCUGUCGGGUGUAAAGGUGCCGCUUAAGAAUUGUUACAACAGACAUCGUUAUAAAGCAAAUGGUAGCUUUAAUGCCACAAAAAAGAAAUGGAAGCUGUAGAAGGUGAAUUUUUGGUGACACGAGCGUACCAAAUUCAAAGUGGCGCAGCAGCCACACUGAUUGUUGUUUCCUUAAUGCACUGCAUCGUAUCUGAGCCUUCGGGAGUAGCCCAUCUGUUCUUUGUAAACUGGACCAUGCUCUUAUUUUAUUGCCGUUUUGUUCUUUUAAGUUUCAGAAAUGUAUUUCAACACAGAACUUGCAUAUUAUUUAUGAGACAGGUUGUGCAUGUGUUUAUGUGUCUAAUAAAAUUGGAGCCCUUCUGAUAAAACAAAUGUUUUGAGAAUAGCCAUUUAUAUGAAGGAAUUGCAUUAAACAGAAGUUUAAACACUUUAAAUACGUGUAAAAUAUUGAAGAAAUAUAUUAAAAAAAAAUGUCGUCAAUGCCAAAUUUGGGGAAAUUGAACUUUGUUCUUUUGAUAUUGUUUUGCUUUUGCCACAAUUCACAAAUUCUUACGAAACAUGUUUAUAAUUGUUGUUUUUCUCGUAAAUUGUCAUUUUCUGGUUGUUUCAACGUGUACAGUAUUUGCAUUACUAGGCUCGAUUCUAUUGUUGUGAAGCUACAGUUGUAAAUCUUACAAAGUUUAAAACGUAUUGUAGGAAUAAUCAAAAACUAUGUAAACAUGUAUUUCAGGAUAUCUUGCUCUUUACAGUUCAACAUGAUUUGUACUGUGUGCAUUUUUUAAUAAUGUUAUUUUCUAGACAAAUACGGGGGAGAAAUGUGUAAAAACCUACAGAUAUUGUUGGACCGCUAUGUCAUUUUUUCCAGUGAAAAGUCGGCCCUCAAUGUGGUUUAUAUGAAAUGAUACAACUGUACCGGCAUCUGUUCUCAUGCACGAUAUUGUACAUAACAUUGAAAAUAUUAAUUCUCACUCAGUGACAGAUGAUCCGGGUUUUAUCUUUGGCCCACUUAUUUAGAAUGGCGUCCUUUUAUUCCACAAUUGUAAAAAUAAACUCCAUGUUCUGGAUUAAAAGUU